AAGCUCAAGAGGAUUCAUCUUAUGGUGAUCAAUACACACAGCAAGUUCAAGCAGCAGCUGCCAUAUUAGUACCUGGACAUGACCUUUGAAGUGUGACCUGCAAUGAAUACUAACACUGGAGUCAUGUGAUGAGUUUGAACUAUUGGAAAGAAGACUAGCAAGAGGAAGACUAGAAGUUUAAAGACCACUUCUUAGCUGACCAUUUCUUAAAGGCCAUGGGCUGCUGCUCCUCCAAGAACCACAGUAGAGAAGGUGCUGAAGAAGCAUAUGAAGAACCAAUAAUAACUGAUAAUAGUGAUACUAUAGUCACAGCAAUAGCUGAGUCUCAACUGAACAAUGAUGAAGUGACUACUGGUGAAGUGUCACUUCCCAUUGCUGCUACUACUAAUCCUUUGGUAACCUCUUCCAUAUCUCAAGCUGAACAAUACCAGACUCCUGAGCGAAGAGAAACAGUUACUAGUCGAUCUGCUGUGCCCAUAUUUGGUGAUAAAGAGAAGACAUCAUCACUGAUAACCACAAGCUAUACAUGUAGGACGCCAACUAUGGCUAUAGUUGCCAGAUCACUCCCUUUGGGUCGAUUAGAAUCAGUCAAUGAUGAAGCUACUCCAAUCAAAGUAGAAGAGUCAAUGGGUAAGCCCAGAGGUCCUACAGCUUUACCCAAUGAUAUAGAAAUAAUGGAGCCACCAAUACAUGAAUCUCCUUUAACAGAAUAUACUGAACCUACUGAAGCUACACUAAGCAUACAAGCAAACUCUGAGGAGCAGCUGCCUUCAAGUUCUGAUACACCACCAUUUAGUUAUCAGGCUGGAGCAGUACCAGAGACUUUAAGGAUGGAUGAUGUGAAUGUUAUGCUUAAAGAUGGAGAUCAUGGGUUUUUGGAAGUGUCUCUGAUAAACCAUCAACAACAUUGACCUGCUUUUAUGCAUACAUACAUACAUUGUAUAUUUAGUACUAUAUAGUAGUACCAAAGUUUCGAGCCAGUAAAAUUUGUUUCACGAGAAAGUGUUACAGAAAAAAAAUUUUCUCGGACAUGAAGAAUCCGUAAAACAGUCUCAUUUUUAUUUUAUGUACA